AGCGGAGAAAGAUGCAUCCUGUUUCAAUAUUAUCGCCAUAAAAUCAUAUGAAAUAAACCAAAUUUUAUGCGCUUGCUUUUAAAUUAUAGUAUUUCAUAUCGUCCUACUACCGUUCGUUGCACGUUUUGAAGCCGGAUGUUUGUAAAAUGUUUUAAAAAAUAUGUCGUGAUAUUUUGUAAUUAGGUGAUUAUGUGAUAAUUAUUUAGAUAAGUUUGUUCGCAUUUGUAUGUAUUUAUUGAUGAUUGGAUUUACUUGAUUUUCCCCUGUUUUACAUACACAAAAGCGUUAUAUACCAAAAUCUGUUACUGGUUAUUUUAUUCAUGUGUUGCUUUGUGAAAUAAAUUUGUAAAGUUGCAGGGUGGACUCCAAGUGAAAUACGAAUCAGAAAUAUAGUACAAAAUAUAGUAUUAGAUUUAUUCAACAAAACAACAUAUCAAUAAAAUAACCAGAUUUUUUUAGAAACGAUAUUCAGAUACGAUAUUCAGAUACAUGUUAAAAAUUUUAUAAAAACAGCAUGUUAAUAAAUACUAAACGGUAUUUAAACCGCGUUUCCUUGCCUCCCCCUAAUUUUUUUCUGCUAGAGAGAAGAAUUUAACCUAAUUUUAUUGACUGCAACUUAUGUCUUGUUUUUGUCAAAAGCAUAAAUAACACAACAACUCGAGUGUCAUUUUUGAUGAAAUGCGGAGUCAUUACCUAAACUUUCCCCUUGCCCAGCAUGACAUGUUUACCCCUCUUCUCUUAUAAGCUUACUGGAGGACCCACAAAAAAUAAGCUGCACCCACUCCCACCCCCUCACAAAGAACAUCUCCGGAACAAAAUAUCGCAAACAGUUUUCAUAUUUUGGCAGUGGAUUCGACCUCGUCGUCUUCUUCAGAAAAUCAUUGCUGGCGGAAAUAUCAGGAAACUUAUCUUCCUCUUUCGAUAUCAAAGUGUGAAACGAGGAAUUAUGAGUUGUGAGCCAUUGUGUAAAACGAUGAUAUUGCACGCCCUAAUUUUUACAUUGAUGGUCUUGUACUGGGUAUUUGAAGCUGUUCUGUUCAUGGUGUGGAUAUCGUUUGGCGUUGGGAUGUCAUUUUCAGCCUCGACCAUCUGCAAGCAAAUAACUGGCGAAAAGCUGACGAACGCUUGGGAAACCUACCUCACAUUUUAUAUCCUCGCCUGUGGAGUAUUUUUCCAAACAAGUUUCCACCUCAUGUUUUGGGAACAAUUGUUACUCAACAUUAAGAAAAGGGCUAGUUUAGCGUACAAACUUUACCGAACUUUUCCCCCUCGUGUCUUACUCGUCAUUUCAUUUUAUCAACUUUUCGCCCAGUUCAGAAUACGUUUUGGGAAAGAGUUAGAAUAUGAUGAGGAGAAUUUGGUCACGAUGCGAUUUCUGCUGGCUGCUUGCUUCGUGGGGUAUGCGUUGGGAAGAAAGGCCAGAUUUGAUUAUCGGUUCGACCAAGCAAAUUCCGGGGUGGCCUUCGUCAGUCCAGGAAUUUUCAAGUAUUGCGCAAUGUUUUCCAUCUUUUAUACGAUGGAAGUCGUGCUAAUAUUCGUGUGUGGGUUUCCUCUCGUCCUGCUCGCCUGCUUGUUCAGAUUCUAUUUAUUUCAAGAACAUUUGGUCUACUUUGGUUUAAUUUUGGGGGGCGUCUUGGUGGGUUAUGUUAUUGCUGGGAUGGAACGAAGUUACCAGUAUCGGGGUCCAUUUAGGAGGGAGCCUAUGGUGUCAGUGAUUUAUGCUGAAGUGAAGACCAACGUCAUCUUGUUUACCGUCUUCCCCAUGAUAACCCGGUGGUACUUCCGGGUCCAAUUUGAAUAUCCAGACUACGAAGAAAGCAACAAGGUCAACUUCAUCAUGUUUUCCGUUAACGUGUCCUUUCUACUCAUGUACUUUGUGAAGAAUGUGCUGCACUACAAGUAUAAAGCGGAGGACGAAGCAAUUUAUAAUAAUGCGAGGGUCGCGGAGGAGGAAUAUCUUCCACAAAUUUUAAAUGGUGUUAUCCAUGCGAAUAAUAAUAAUGCUGCUGCGGGAGUAGAAAAUAAUGACGAUAACUCUUCCGUAAGUACGGGGUCGUUCUCCUGGCCAAGUUCGUCUGGGUCAGGAAAUGUGCAUCAUCACAAUAAUAAAGUCAUAAAGAAAGAGUCGAAUUGUAACUAUGCUACUUCCGUCACAGCGUUUACUACAUUUUCUGAAAAUCAGUCAGAAGCAGAAAAGGAACGCCAUUUAGAGUCUGAUGUCAUCUCUCGAAAUGUACAAUUGCAGAAUAAAUCAGAGGAGAAAAUUCCCAGCAUAUUGUCACAAGUAGACGACGACGCGAACAAUAAUAACCAGCAAGUUGACGUAUUGACCUCAAAUCACGACAAUAAUAUCGACGCAACCCGUCUUCCAAUGACACCGUUAAGAAAUACGAUCGGUAUCAUGAAGAUAGACAAGAGAUGGAGAGACCAAAUGUUUCGGGGAGGCUAUUGAAACGCUGUCAUGCAAGUUUUAUCCAGAUACUUAUAAAUAAUAAAUAUGCAAAUGAUUGCAAAGUAUGAAUUGUGGGAUUUUAUUUCAAUCAGGGGAUUUUAUUUCAAUCAGAUCAUCAGU